AAGUGAUUCCAAGGGAGUUCUCUUUCGCUCCCAUGUGUUCUUGCGCUAUUUGCUGUGGGCUGGGAUGAUGGGGCAAAGGUUGCAAGCACUGCUGCUAUUUGCUCAGUUGCUUUCUUCACACUGAAGUUCCCGUAGCAGCAGCUGAUGCCGUGUUCCUACAGAGACCAGAACUUGGCAAUCCUUUGUUCAAGUGUUACCCAUAAAACAUGCAGUGAAAGAAGAUUCUUCAGCCUGGCCUGCUUGAAGGACAAAGUAGACUCAUUUUGUUCAGUUGCAAUCCAGGAAGAAGGGUUUCUGAAGAAGUCUUGCUCUUGAACUGUCCAUUCACCCCCAAGUGCUCCACAGGGUAUCAAUGGAGACUGUUGUGAUUGUAGCCAUUGGAGUAUUGGCAACCAUCUUCCUGGCUUCUUUUGUGGCUCUGGUUGUGGUGUGUAGACAACGUUACUGCCGACCCAAGGACUUCUUGAAUCACUAUGAUACCAGGCCUAUUGUUGACUUAAUUGGCACCAUGGAGACACAAUCAGAACCCUCUGAACUGGAGAUGGAUGAUGUGGUCAUAACAAACCCACAUAUUGAAGCAAUCCUGGCAAAUGAGGACUGGAUCGACGAUGCUUCGGGCCUGGUUUCUCACUGCAUUGCUAUCCUAAAGAUCUGCCACACUCUCACCGAGAAGCUUGUUGCCAUGACAAUGGGGUCAGGAGCCCAAAUGAAAUCUCCAGCAAGCCUGAGUGACAUCAUUGUGGUGGCCAAACGGAUCAGCCCAAGGGUAGAUGAUGUGGUCCGAUCUAUGUAUCCACCACUGGACCCCAAACUGUUGGAUGCCAGGACGACGGCGCUGUUGCUCUCCGUGAGCCACUUGGUGCUGAUCACCCGGCAUGCCUGCCACUCUCCCAGCCGCAUGGACUGGAUCGACCAAUCCUUGUCCGCGGCGGAGGAGCACGUGAGCGUGCUGCGUGAGGCAGCCCUGGCUUCGGAGGCAGAGAGAGCCGCCCCCGGCACGGAGGGCUUUCUGCAGGAGCAGUCGACAAUUUGACACGAGAGAGGGAGAGAGAGAGAGAAUUCGUGUCAUACAUGGCUCUCUGCCCUCCCGUCUUGUCUACGAUUCAUCUGGCAUCGCUGAUGGUUUGGCUUAAUGAAUUUUAUCCUCAGGAUGACAGAACUGCACCUCUGCUCUGUUGCCGCUUUGUUCUACUCUUGUAUCUGGAUUAUUGAACCUGAGAUAUAUAGAUGC